AUGUCAGAAUUCUUAGGGUACGAAGACCUGGAUGGACCCUCUCUGCGCAAUCUCGCUCGAACAUCCUUGCUGACCACAGACCUAUAUAGAUCCCGCAUCUCUCUCAUCUCCAAGAGCGACAUUCGAUAUGUCGGCGUUCUCCACGAGAUCAACUCUGACGAGUCGACCGUCUCACUCGAGAAUGUUCGCUCUUUCGGUACAGAAGGUCGAAGGAACAGACCCGAAGAAGAGAUAGCACCCUCCGACCAGGUUUACGACUACAUCAUCUUCCGCGGCAGCGAUGUCAAGGACCUGAGGAUCGAGGACCACCCGGGCAUCAAGGAGAACAAGCCUCCUGCGAUGCCCGAGGACCCGGCCAUCGUCAACGCCCGCCCUCGUCCUGGUCAGGGACCCAACAAUCAGCCGCCUCCGGCACCUGGCUUCGGCCAGCCUCCCUUCCAGAACAACUUCUACCCUCCUCCGGGUCCGUGGGGCCCUGCUCCUGGCCGCGGCGGUCCUGGUGGUCCUGGUGGUCCUGGUGGUCCUGGUGGCCCUCCUGGUGCUGGAAUGGGUGGCAUGCCGUACCCUCCUCCUCCCGGAUGGUUCCCCCCCGGUCCUCCUGGCCAAGGCUUUCCUCCUGGCCCCGAUCAGUGGAACAACUACAACAACUACCCUCCAGGACCUCGUGGGCCUCCUGGCCCCCCUGGACCUCUGGGCCCCGGUGGUGCACCCGGCCAGGCUCCGGAGAACCGCGGCACCCCCGGUCCCCAAGAUGUGAAGCCUCCGCCGGUUGGCCCUGCUGGUGACAAGCAGAAGCCUGCCACCCCGGCCGCCCAGGGCGCUCAGAGCGAGCCCAAGCCAGCUCCCCCUCCUGGCUUCCAGCAAGCACCUGCACCGACGCCUCCUGUCGAGUCGAAGCCUUCUGCUGCAGAAGUCAAAGCCACCGCCGCUUCCUUGAACACAACCGGCCCCUCGAAGCCUGUCGAGCUUCCUGUACCCACGGGUCCGAAGAUCGCUGCUCGUGUUCAACCGGCCGUUCCUCUGGCUGGAUCGAUGCCCAAGGCAUUCCCCGUUCCCAUCAAUGACAGUAACGCCACCCAAGCCGUGCCCAAGUCUGCCGCCGGCCCGACUGCUGCCAGUGUACGGGAUGCGACUGAGGCCGCGAAGGCAGCCGUUGCUCUGGCCAUGGCUAAUAUGAACGCCGGCAACGCGACUGUUCCUACUGCGCCCCAGGGCAACGGCAACGCGAUGGACAACUUGACAAAGAAGGUCAACGAGAUGAGGGUUAACGCUGCCCGGACCACUCAGCCCGGAGGUGGUCGUGGCCGAGGCCGUGGCGGUAGACAAGGUCAGACCAAGGUUGACGUCCCUGACGCGGACUUUGAUUUCGCCCAGGCCAACGCGAAGUUCAACAAGGACGACUUGGUCAAGGAAGCUAUCGCAGGCUCGCCUUUGGGCGAGACUCCCAACAACGGUCCUGUCGUCGAAACCCCUGUUCCCGAAGUGACUGGCGCAAACCCCCCCGUCGCCUACAACAAGACGCGGUCGUUCUUUGACAACAUCUCGAGUGAAGCCAAGGACCGUGCAGACAAUAACGGCCAGAAGCCUGGUGGUCGCGAAUGGCGUGGCGAAGAGCAGCGCAAGAACAUGGAGACCUUCGGUCAAGGCAGUGUCGAUGGCGGCUACCGGGGUUACCGAGGCAGAGGUCGCGGCCGAGGUCGAGGAGGCUAUGGUGGUCGCGGCGGACGAGGCGGCGGAUUCCGAGGCCGCGGUGGCCAAGGCGCCGCCGCGUCCCCGGCCGCAAAUUAG